AUGGACAUCAGACAAGCAACAGUCGCUGAUUUACCUGGAAUGCAACAUUGCAAUCUGAUGAAUUUGCCAGAAAACUAUCAGAUGAAAUAUUACAUGUAUCAUCUGCUCACUUGGCCUCAACUUUCUUUUGUCGGGGUCGACCAGAAGGGAAGAGUUGUAGGCUAUAUUCUUGCGAAGAUGGAAGAGGAUCCUACCGAUGAGCCUCAUGGUCAUGUCACGUCGAUCUCAGUUCUGAGGACCUAUCGUCGUCUGGGUUUGGCAAAUAAAUUGAUGCAACAAUCUCAAAAGGCCAUGCGAAACGUGUUCGGAGCCAAAUAUGUUUCUCUUCACGUUCGCAAAACGAACCGGGCAGCGCUUAGCCUUUAUCAAGAUACGUUGGGCUUUGCCGUCAAAGAAAUCGAGAAAAAGUACUUCCCCGGCUUACCCACAUCUCUUCUUAUUGGCACUGAUCCUCAUGAUAAUGGACUUCCCUGGCUUGGCUUCGCCCAUUCCACCGACCUGUCGAACUUGUCACGCUAA